UGAGAGGAAGCAUACGUGCGCUCUCUAGCGAAACACUUGCGCCGUGGUAGUCACGUAUUUCCAAAACUUGCUUUUAUGUAUGAAUGCUAAAGAGUAGCAUUGAUUAUACUUUUAAAGUUCACUAUAGUGAUAAAACAAAGUUGUGGUGCUUAGUUCCUUAUCUCUUAUACUCCGAGAUUGCCAAAGUGCACAAUUGAGAGAAAACUUGUUUUGUUGCCCGCCGUAAGAAAUGUAGACCAGUCUUAGGUGAUGAGGUGCGGCCGGAGAUAAGCGUCUGGACCCGGAAGGACCCGCGAUAAGACCGGCCUUCGUUUCCCCGCGCAUGCGCCUUCGUCGGCGGCUGUCGGAGGCCCCGCUCAGCAACUGCAGCGACGACAAGAGCAGCGAGGGAGUGCGGGGAGAUAGCAUCGAGGAGGAACUUGCCAGUCCGCCGCGCACCGCCCGUGUGUCAGGGAUGCUCCUGUAAGGCCUUAUCGCCUUCCAUCGCGACUGGGACCUCCGCCUUCCUGCCCCUGAAGUCUCCCGCCUCCUCUCUCUCUCUCUCUUCUCCUUCUCUUCCCUUCCCACUCUUCGUCGCUCCGCCUCCCCUUCGGCACCCUCAAUAUGAAGCUGAAGGAGCGCCUGGUGAUCGGCGUGAUGGCGGGGCUGGUGCUCCUCACGGUGGUCCUCGUCCUCGACGUCGAGACGGGGUUGACGUCAAGCGACCGCCCACGCACGCCCGCCCACGCCCGCGUCCGCUACGCCUUCAGACAGCGACACUUGCAGAAGACCAACAACGGGUCCCGCGAGGCGUCCCUGGCAGCGGCCGCCUCCGCCCAGCUCAGCGCCGCCGUCGACGACCCCGCCCACCCGCCCCCGCCUGGCCCCGACAACCUCGUGGCCGUGGGCGCGACGGGCGGGCGCCAGGAGCCCAAGACCACGUCCACGACCCCGCCUGACCCCUACAACGACCUGGUGGAGGCGGUGGUGAAGGUGGACAACGUGAGCAAGAUGUCGAGGCGCCGGCGGAAGCACUGGAACCCCACCCUUGGGGAGCUCCUGGGCAUUGAUCUGAGUUUCCUGACUCCGAAUAUACCAAAAAUGUUUGACCGUCCGAGCAAGAACAUUACGCCUGAUUUGAAUUUGAAUACCAAGUGGAACUGCGCUGGAGCAAGGACGUUUGUUCUAGAAAAUAUCGCCUUUGCGUAUAAUAGGAAUAUUAGCUACAUGUCUCCGCAAUGCUCCACUUAUAGCAGCUGUGCAAAGACGCGUGUAAAAGCCAGGGUUCGUAGUGAAGUGCUGAGUGCAGCGACCUCAUCCAUCUCUCACGCACUCGCAGUGUCAUCCAUGUCACUGGCGCUCUCCCUGCAGUGA